GAAUCCCCCAAACAAAAUCAACGUCAGAGACAGAUGAAUGAUUACUGGCACAUACCACGAGCCUCACUCUCACCAUCCUCCGCAUCAUCUGCUGUGUCAUCGGCAUCAUCAACACAACGUAGCCACAGAUCAAAGCUAACGCCCACACACUAUCGGCAAACAGAACGUAACAGUGAAAUGAGUUCAUAUCAUCAACAGCAACAACAUCCUCAACAUGCUGUCAGUGUGGUCGGAACACACAUCAUUGGCAAUAAACGGGGUUCCAGAUCCUCGCAGGGCAGCAGUGAUAGUAAUAAUAGUACAAGAAGUGCGGCAUCUGGUUCAUUGCUGUUGACAGCAGCAAAUUUAGAACGCAUGACCGAAAUUCAACGCAAACAAGAAAAACAAUCCCGUCACAACACCCGCUCACCCAAUUCCGUUUACAGUGCAAAUUUGUUGCAUGCUGCCGCCCGCCAAAGGGAUCAGCAGCCCAUCGAUAUUGAUCCCAAUUUGAAUUUUAUUAAAACCAAAGAUUUGGACACGGUGUCCAUAGCUAGCUCAAUGCAUUUUACAAUGGUUAAUGGAGAGGCUGGUGCCAAUAAGAAGACCAAAAAGGGUCUAUGUGAUCGUGGUCGCCAAGUGACGGUAUUAAUUAUUAGUAUGAGUACAAUAUUUCUAUUGCUAAUAAUGGGCAUGGUGUAUGCAUUGGAAAUGCGUGCCCGUGAAAUGCCUCAAAGUUAACUACAUAUCUGAAUAAUUGUUAAAGAGAUGA